AUGACAGUACUUCGAUCCAACUGGGCAGUUGUCCUCGCCAAUAUCUUGGUACCAUUGGGUAUCCUGGUCUUCUCCUCUGGCUUCUUCCCCUAUAAACCGCUGCUACCCGGUUUGGCGACUUUUGAUGAGGUUGGCCAAGAUGCCACUCCGGCAAUUUUCGAUAAGGUUGUUUUCAUGGUAGUCGAUGCACUUCGCAGUGAUUUUGUCUAUUCGGAUGAGUCUGGGUUCUCCUUCACGCAAAGUCUGAUACGAUCCGGGGCUGCUGUGCCUUUCACUGCCCAUGCUAGCUCGCCAACUGUUACAAUGCCUCGCUUGAAGGCAAUGACCACGGGUUCGGUGCCUUCGUUCCUUGAUGUGAUUCUCAACAUUGCCGAGUCAGAUACCACCUCGACUCUUGCAUAUCAAGAUACAUGGCUGGCGCAGUUGAGGGCCAGAGGAGACCGCCUCGUCAUGUACGGCGAUGAUACGUGGCUCAAACUCUUCCCCGGCAUGUUCGACCGCGCCGAUGGAACAACGAGCUUUUUUGUAUCGGACUUUUUCGAAGUGGAUAACAAUGUGACGCGUCACAUCCCCGACGAGCUUGCUCAGAGCGACUGGUCAGCCUUGAUCAUGCAUUACCUAGGCCUAGAUCAUAUCGGGCACAAGGCAGGACCAAGAAGUCCCUUCAUGCUUUUCAAACAGCGAGAAAUGGAUGAUGUGGUGAACACCAUCUACACUGCCAUUCAACAGCAGGAACAUCUCCAAUCAACUCUUUUCGUUCUAUGUGGGGAUCAUGGCAUGAACGAAGCUGGUAAUCACGGAGGUUCGUCUGCCGGCGAAACAUCACCGGCACUUCUUUUCAUGUCGCCAAAAUUUGAGAUUCUAGGUAAUCGGGCAGAAAGUCCUAUCAAAACCCCCGAGGACCUUCGAUUUUAUCAAACCGUCGAGCAAGCAGACAUUACAGCAACACUGGCAGGCUUACUGGGAUUGCCAAUCCCCAUGAACAGUCUGGGCGUUUUCAUUCCAGUCUUUUUGGAUAUGUGGGAGACCGGGACCCAGAAGCUCCAGCUUCUAUCUCGGAAUGCCCAACAAUUGCUGAAUAUCGUCAAAUCUACAUUUCCCGAUGCCACAUUCGAUCCACAGACUUCAUCGUGUUGUGAACUAGACACGCUUUCCGGGAUCGAAGGGGCGCAGUGUGCCUGGUCACGAGCUCAUCGACUCUCUUCUCUUGAGAAACUGACCGAAGAUGUGUUCUCGGAUGCUGGGCCAGCCUUGCUUCGGUUUUCUCGUAUCGCACAAGAAGUAAUGAGUAACACUGCCAGCAAUUACGACUUGAGCCGGCUCUGUUUCGGCCUACUGGCCCUAGCUGUUGCUGUAAUCCUGCUUCUGCCAACUAUCUACCAGGAAAUCUCCCAGGCUGUCUCUGCGGGUGUGUUUUUGACCUUCAUGGUCAUUGGCUACGGAUGUAUGAUGUUUGCAAGCAGCUACGUCGAGGAAGAGCAACAGUUUUGGUAUUGGAUUUGUUCGGGAUGGAUAGUCUAUCUCCAUGUGAGAUCAAAAUCGUCCAGGCCCCGCUCGCAUGGAAAGACUGGACUUUUCUCUUUCUGCAUCACAAUGCUAGCGACACUAGGGCUUAUUAUUUCCCAGCGAAUUUUAAGACGCUGGAACCAGACGGGACAAAAGUUCACAGCCGAGCCGGAUAUCGCUCGAGCCUUUUUCGCUGAGCAUCCCGUUGUUCUGUGGGGAUUGAUAAUUGUGACCUACAUGGACUCCGGCUUCCAUCUGUUCUUGAACCUGCCAUCUGCAGCUCUCUCAUGGCUCGUGUCUUUGGUUCUGCCCACUCUGGCUUUUAUUUUCAAGCUGAAUUUCGUGGCGAAUGAUUCUCCGGAGCUUCUUGCUAAUUCCUUUUUGGCAAAGGUCGUGGAAACCUGGCCUGAUGACCUAUCUUUGGUUUUUCAGGCAAGAUUGGUUUUUGGUGGACUAGCUUGCUGUAGCCUUCUGGCGGUUCUUUGCAAGAAACAUACGCAGCACACACAAACUUCCAAUACCUAUCUCCAUGAAGUGGUCCAUCUCUUCUUGAUGACCCAAUCCAGAGCCACGAAUGUUCCGCUCUUCCUCAUAUUCCGGCUACAGGCCACACUUUUUUCAUCGUUGGAUCUCACUGGAAUCGAGGUGACGGUAACCACGCUCAUCCAGCAGUAUAUGACCUUUUUCGCCUUUGGCGGGUCCAAUGCGAUCUCCUCGGUCGACCUGUCAAGUGCUUAUAACGGCAUCGGCAGCUACAGCGUCGCCUUGGUUGGUGUUCUAACUUUCGUCAGCAACUGGGCUGGUCCAAUUUGGUGGAUUUCAAUGAGUCACCUUCUGCGUCCGCGCGUGACUUCUAAGGAUAAUCAUGACUCGGCAGCGCUUUUGACCUUCCAUGUUGCCACCUCAUUAGUCUCGGUCAUGGCGGCUUGUACAGCCCUGAGAACACACCUUUUCAUCUGGACCGUAUUCUCGCCGAAAUAUCUUUAUAGCAUGGCAUGGGCGACGGCAAAUCAUGUUAUUGUGAAUCUGCUAGGAGGAAUUGGUUUCGCAAGUCUCUGGUCACGGAAAUAG